AUGGCCUCUUUUCAUUUAUUCUUUGCUUGUCUCAUCACCUGUCCAAUGUUCUUGUUCACAUUUCCUUGUGCUGCUGCUAAUCAGAAAGUUACCCUGUCAGUUUACUAUGACUCUUUGAACACAUCUUGUGCUACCUUCAUUGUUAAAAAUCUUGCUCGGAUUUUCGAAGAUGAUCUCAUGACCAUCCUCAAUCUCAGACUGGUUCCUUGGGGUGAAGCAUACGCCAACAAAUCGAACAAUAGUACUGCUAUCUGUCAGCAUAAGCCAGAUGGUUGUAAGUUGAAUUCUCUGGAAGCAUGUGCUAUCGAUGUUAUGCAUGAUGUGAACAAGCACUUUGCUUUGAUUUACUGCAUAGAAUUUCUGGCCAUAGAGGGAAGGCACAAUGAGUGGGAAACUUGCUUCAGUUCAUUGGGACUGCCUAAGAAUACCACUUUGGAUUGCUACAAUAGUUCAAAUGCAACAAAGCUUGAACAAAACUAUGGCAAUGAAACCAUGCACCUCAAUCCACCUCUGCAGUUUGUACCAUGGCUGGUUCUGAAUAAUCAACCUAUAGGAAAUGACUAUGAAAAUUUUACUGGCUAUGUGUGCAAGGCUUACAAAGGUAAAAUUGCGCCCAUGGCAUGUCAGUCUGUGCAUUUGAAGCAGAAGAAGACAACAGACAAGUAGACAUACUCAACACAAGCCAUCAAAUCAACCAGAUAUAAGCCUCAAUCCUGGACCAUAUUCAACCGAAGUCGCUAACUCUACAAAUAAAUCAGAUUGCAUAACUUAACUGGUUGUGGAUCGUGAAAAGAUCUCUCAUUAUAUAGCUUGAUCAUAGGUUC